AUGCAUGCACAGGUGUCCGUUGACGAGCUUCACAGCAACUGGAAGAACAAGUAUCUUGCCACAAGGAGGGAUGGCAGCAAGUACGUCAAGUACAAUCUUGCUGGCGAUUCACAGCCCUCCAACGCUGUCACAACCUCGGAGGCCAUUGGGUAUGGGAUGUUGAUCACUGUGCUGCGCGGCGAGAAGCCUGAAUUCGAUGGCUUAAUGAAAUUCUAUCAGAGCUUCAUCAAUCCAAACCAUGGGAUGAUGAAGUGGCAGAUUCUCGACAACUUCACGGCUCCUGACAGCAAUUCCGCCACCGAUGGCGACAUGGACGUGGCUUACGCCCUGUUCAAAGCAGAGAAGAAGUGGGGUGGCGGGUCCUACAAGCAGCAGGCUCUCAGCAUCUGCCAGUCGCUGCUAACGCACUGCAUCAAGUCUGGCGAGAGUCACAUGCCCAUGGUGGGCAGCUGGGCAGGGCCGACUGACAACCGGGUGCUGUCGAGAUCAUCGGAUUGGAUGCCUGCCCACUUUCUGCUGUUCAAAACGGAGGACAGCGCGCACGCAGACAAGUGGCAGGCAACAUUUGACAAGACAGUGGCAGCCUAUGAGCGAAACCGUACUCAGCAUCCAAGGGGACUGCUUGCAGAUUUCCAUGUGUACGAUGAGUCAGCCAAGGUCUACAAUGCAUCCACUGGGUUUGUGUUGGAAAAUUCGCACGACAAGGACUACUUCACAAACGCCUCAAGGAUACCCUGGCGCCUGGCAACUUUCUGGAAGGCGCAUGGAGAGCAGGCAGUGAGGGACGCCGGCCUCUACCCUGCAAUGAAAGCCCUCAAGAAAUUCUUUGAAAGCGAAAUCGUAAGCACCGGAGAGGUGAAGGGUGGAUACUAUCUGGAUGGCAGCAGAAUGAAUGAAUGGACAAACAACGCUUACAUGGGCCCUGCAUGGUGCCUGCUCAAGGUGUGCUGCACACUAUGUGCAUAG